AACCAAACAGAAACAAAAGAAGGAAACAACGGUUUCUCUUUCAAUUAUUGUCUCUUCUCUCUCUCACUCUCUCUGUAAUUUCAUUCAUCCAUCUUUCUUUCUCUCUUAACUCAUAAGUCUUAUCUAUCUAUAUAAGAAGAAAGGAAGCUCCUUUCAGAGGCUCAGAGUCAGAAGCCUCAUCGAAUCAAAGUGAGAGAAGUUUGCAUGUUGAAGAAAUCAUCGAGAAAAGGGAAAGAGAAAGAAGAGGGGAUUGGGUUGAAACCCGGGGUUGACGCGUUGCAGACAUCACGGCUAUUCUAAGAGUCUAUCGCUUUCUCAUUCAUGUCCCAACUGUACGACGGACGGGUUGCAUAAUUCUCGCCAACCCUUCGCCGCACGGUGGGCGUGGUGCGCUGCCUUCAGAAGGUGGUAGUCCCUCCGACCUCCUCUUCCUCGCCGGUGGCGGUUUCUCCUCCUCCUCCUCCUCCUCCUGCUAGCUUUUUCUUUCUCCUUUCUUCUACUUAGUCAACUGCUUUAACAAAACACGCGCCCACACUUUCGCUCUUUCUUCUUCUUUUUCUUCUUUUUCUUCUUCGAUUUCACAAAAUGAUGCUCAAAAUCAAGAGGGUUCCUACUGUCGUUUCCAACUUCCAAAAAGAUGAUGCUGGAGACUCUUCUCGUCCCGUCGGAGGAUGUGGUCGGAAUUGCCUCAAAGCUUGCUGCAUUUCAGAUGCAAAACUUCCUCUGUAUGCUUUUAAGAAGGUUAAUGGAAAGGAUUUGGCUAUGCAUGAAUGCGGGGAGCCUCCCGUGGCAUUCCUGGACUCGCUUCUUCUUGGAGAGUGGGAAGAACGCAUGCAGAGAGGACUUUUCCGCUAUGAUGUUACUGCCUGUGAGACCAAGGUGAUUCCUGGUGAAUAUGGUUUCGUUGCUCAGCUUAAUGAGGGUCGUCACCUCAAGAAGAGACCAACUGAAUUCCGAGUUGAUAAGGUUCUGCAACCCUUCGAUGAAAACAAAUUCAACUUUACGAAAGUUGGGCAAGAAGAGGUCAUCUUCCAAUUUGAAGCUAGCGACGACGGAAAAAUCCAGUUCUUCCCAAAUGCUCCAGUUGAUGUUGAUAAUUCUCCCAGUUUUGUUGCCAUCAAUGUCAGUCCUAUUGAGUAUGGGCAUGUUUUGCUGAUUCCGCGCAUAUUUGAGUGUUUGCCCCAAAGGAUUGACCGUGAGAGCUUCCUGCUUGCACUUCACAUGGCAGUGGAAGCUGAUAAUCCAUAUUUUCGAUUGGGUUACAACAGCUUGGGUGCUUUUGCAACUAUUAACCAUCUUCACUUCCAGGCUUACUAUUUGGCUCUGCCCUUUCCCAUUGAGAAGGCCCCCACUAAGAAAAUUGCAAAUUUAAAUGGUGGGGUGAAGAUAUCUGAACUGUUGAAGUAUCCUGUUAGAGGUCUUGUGUUUGAGGGUGGAGAUACUCUGGAAGAUUUAUCAAAUGUUGUUUCAGAUGCUUGUAUAUGUCUUCAAAACAGUAAUAUACCAUUCAACGUUCUUAUUUCUGACUGUGGAAAGCAAGUCUUUCUGUUACCACAGUGUUACGCAGAGAAACAAGCUCUUGGAGAAGUGGAUGCUGAGCUUCUUGACACCCAAGUGAACCCUGCUGUGUGGGAAAUUAGCGGGCACAUGGUUUUAAAGAGGAAGAAGGAUUAUGAUGAGGCUUCUGAAGGCAAUGCUUGGAGGCUUCUUGCAGAGGUGUCCCUCUCCGAAGAGAGGUUUCAAGAAGUCAACGACCUUAUUUUUGAAGCCAUUGGCUGCAGUGAAUUGGACGAUAAUGUUCAAGGUGACAAGGAAGUUGAUGCAGUCAGCUCAAGUGCACACCCUAGUGUGGUGGUAGCUGGUUCAAAAGAAUGUGUUGUUCUACAGUAACAAGGCUCUACUACUAUGAACAAAACUCAUGGAAUCUGCUGAAUUAUUAUAUCACCGUUUAAGUUGUAGUACUGUGUUGUUCUUGAGCAUUAAGGUCGUGUGUUUUCUGUAUUUAUCUUUUUCAUGUGGAAGUCGAUGAAAUAACUACUCACCUGAGUAGUGUUAGUGAUUUGGGUGUAUGGUAAUAUGCUUGACUUGACUGUCUGUUGUGGCUUUCAUGCUGCAAGAAAUAAUAAAUUCAGGUAUCUGUUUGUUCAGGGCUAAAUCAAACUGCAGCAUGAAUUCUCCAGAA